AUGCUUAAUGACGACUCGAAAUAUUUUUCCCUAAGUGGUGAUAUGCCCAUCGGUGGGCCAACCACCUGGCAUGUCACUGAUUGGGAUCAAAGACGAAUAAUUUCAGUUACUAUGGAUGGAGACCGCUAUAGCAGCGAGCUCCCCCUUAGCGUAUAUCGUAUCUAUGUAUCGGAUAAUGGUGAGAUUAUCACGAAGUUUACAGAUGCCAAGGACGACCAGACGUCAUAUGUACACUACCUAAGUCUUCGUGAUGUCGUUCUCCCUGACGGCGUUCGGACUAUACGGCGUGACGAACUUGAGGAACUCGAUAGGCUUGGUCCUGACACUGACCUCAUCGCAUAUCCCCCCUGUGCAAACGAAUCUGCUAAAAAGGUUGUGUUUAAAUAUUAUUUCCUAUGGCAAUACGCACCAAUGUUUUGGAAGGAGAUGAACUUAUGGAUGCGCUUACCCCGCCACCCAAACAUAGCCCCUUUCGAUAGCGUCGUCAUUGACGAGCUUGAGGGUCGCAUAAUUGGGUUUGUCGUCGAUUAUAUUCCAGGAGGAAAUCUAGAGGAGAAUACAUCGCGCGUUUUCAAGUUAGAUUGGCUCCGUCAGCUCAUACGGGCGGUAGACGACUUAAACCUUCGAUAUGGCAUCUCUCACCAAGACAUCGCUCCGCGAAACCUUCUUGUCGAUGAGUCAACCGAUUCUAUCAUGCUCUGUGACUUUAAUUACGCCGCUCGUAUGAAGCGUCCUACGCAGGAUGAGAGCGAAUCAUAUAUUAAGGAGCGGAACGAUGUUAAAGGUGUCGUAUUUACUGCUUAUGAGAUCAUCACGCGAGAUGAUAGUCUUCGUAUGAAGCCCCACGAAGAGCAGAUUCUUGAGAGUGUCGAGCAAAUCAAGUGGGAGAAGCAUCCGGCAGUAAAGUUAGACUACCCGGUCGAAGCGUAUCGGGAAGUACUUCGAGAAUGGCAGAAGAAGAGGAAGGCGGCGGACUUGACUAAUGGUGAUACUUCGAAGUGGAUUCAUUGGCCUCCUAGGCCUAAACCACCAAAGAAAACUAUUCAGACAACAGAUAUGCUUGGGAAUCCAACCUCAUUUACUAUUGAUGAGUGGUCUGAGAGGCGACAGGAUGUAUUGGCUAGGGGAGGAAAGGUCUUAAAUUGGGAACGGCCGCCGCAGCAGAGACUUUUGGAUGAAGGAAUUCGAGUGCUGGCUACUGGCGAAAUAAUCAAUUGUUGAAUCCACAAAAGAAUGGUAGGAUUGUAAUAAUAUUCGUGUCGAGAUUUAUAUUCUAUGAGCAUUAUGCUUUUAUCUUUAUACCACUGCUCCACCCCAGUGUAUUCCGAUUGUUUCUUUAGAGCCUCUCUUAUUCUAGAAUUUUAUAGUGAGUAAAAAUGAUAUAAUAAAUGUACUAGGAAGGGGGUAUCAUGACAUGCAUGUAUGGACCAAUCUCUAAAAAACACCAAACAAAAUAGAAAGCACCAAAGGAGAGUGAAGCGAGAA